GGACGGAGACAGGCAGGAAGAAGCAGAGAGGACUCGGUGACGCCCCCCACCACUGAGCAGCCCCUGGCCCACUCCUCCAGCAGGGGCCAUGAGCACCAAGCAGGAGGCCAGGAGAGAUGAGGGAGAAGUCAGGACGAGGGGGCAGGAGGCACAGCUUCGAGACCGAGCCCACCUGAGCCAGCAGCGCCGGCUCAAACAGGCCACCCAGUUCCUGCACAAGGACUCGGCCGACCUGCUCCCGCUGGACAGCCUGAAGAGGCUCGGCACCUCCAAGGACUUGCAGCCGCACAGUGUGGUCCAAAGACGCCUGGUGGAGGGAAACCCGAAUUGGCUUCAGGGGGCGUCUCCCCGGGUGCAGGCCCUGAUUCAUGGCCAGGAGAGCAGGAGGAAGACCAGCAGGACCGAGAUUCCAGCUCUUCUGGUCAACUGCAAGUGCCAGGACCAGCUGCUUAGAGUGGCCGUGGACACAGGCACCCAAUACAAUCGGAUCUCUGCUGGAUGUCUCAGCCGCCUGGGGUUAGACAAAAGGGUCCUAAAAGCCUCAGCUGGGGACCUGGUCCCUGGGCCCCCAACCCAGGUGGAGCAGUUGGAGCUACAGCUGGGGCAGGAGACUGUGGUGUGCUCGGCACAGGUAGUGGAUGUUGAGAGUCCUGAAUUCUGCCUGGGCCUGCAGACUCUGCUUUCUCUCAAGUGCUGCAUCGACCUGGAGCACGGAGUGCUGCGGCUGAAAGCCCCGUUCUCAGAGCUACCCUUCCUGCCUUUGUACCAAGAGCCUGGCCAGUGACUGCUGUCUCAGUCAGUCCCCAGAGGGAAAGACCUUGCCUUAGCAGAAGAGGCGUGUGGGGAACGGGGGCUCUUGGAGCCAGGUAGCUGGGGACUACGGUGUCUGCCCUUUCAAUCACCACCCUGAUCCCUGCUGUCCCAUUUCCCCCAGCUGGCCACAUUCCUCUCUGCUUCUCAGUAGCUGUCUUACUCCCCAGGAGGAGUUUUCACUAGACGGCCCAUGAUGCCAGGAUUCUGAUUCAUUUUCCUCCCAAGAAAAGCAAAGCCAAAUCAGGACCACAGAUAGGAACCUAAGCAAAAUGGGGUGCCUGCUUGGGCUGGGUCGAAGGCUCUGCUGACUGCUGUCCUUGCCCACCACCCAAUACCACCCCAAACACAACUCAACUUCCCAUACCACCAUGUCUCUCACCACACCUUCUGGGGCUCAUUAUCUCCCACAACUAGACUGCCAUGCCUCACCAACCUACGUCCCUGGACCUCCUGGUGUCUGCCUCUCGGAUUCUGUGCACAUCUGCUCACAGUUGAGUGGGGGAAGAAACAUCAGCCAGAAUUCAAUACAACAAAGAGCGGGAGUUAGUAUAGGAAUGUCCAUCUCAUAAGGCUGAGAGCUUUUUUUUUCUGGGGCUGCAAAUGUCUGAAGCCAGUUAUUGUUUGAUUACCCUGUGCAAAACCUUGGACAUACUUCUGCUAACGCUAGGUAUUUAUCCUUCUCCAUUUGCUUUUUGUACCCACCGAGCCCCUGAACUUUGGGGGUGUGUGUGGAAGAGCCUUGUAGAGAACUGCUCCUAUGAGGUAGACAGGAUAGUGAGGUUGUCAUCACGCAGACUUAACCUAUUCAGUAUUCUUUCUGAUUUCUAGAACUAUCCACCUCAUUAGGCCUUCUUGCUAUCCCCAUCUCUAGUCUCUUGAGCUUAAGCUUGCGUUGUCCUGGAAUCAGUGGCUUUCUCACCCCCUGCCAGGCUUUGCCAAAGCAAAAAGACAGAGGCUUUUUUGAAUUCAUUGUGAAGAGAACCCGAACCUUAAGAUGCCAGACCCCUGAGAGUCUUUCUGGCUGGUUUGAGUCUCUCAAAUCAUGGAUUAGGAGUAAAGAAAGAGGCCGGGCGCAAUGGCUCAUGCCUGUAAUUCCAGCACUUUGGGAGGCUGAGGCAGGCGGAUCACUUGAGGUCAGGAGUUUGAGACCAGCCUGGGUAAUAUGGCAAAACCCCAUCUCUACUAAAAAAUACAAAAAUUAGCCAGGUAUGGUGGUGCACACCUGUAAUCCCAGCUACUUGGAAGGCUGAUGCUCAAGAGUUGCCUGAACCUGGGAGAUGGGGGUUGUAGUGAGCCAAGUUCGUGCCACUGGAUUCCAGCCUGGGUGAAGGAGUGAGACCCUGUCUCCAAAAACAAACAAAAAAGGAGUAGAGAAAGACAGUGGUGCAGCUAACCUGAACAAGGGAACCGGGACCCUUGGGCUGAAACAGAGUCUUGAGCCUGGGGUUGACUGGGUUAGAGAAGAACCGGGAUGCAAGGAGCUGCCCGUGAUACCUGGCCUGCCCUUUCUCAGCUGCCUCCCCUGCCCUCAGAAGGAACCGGGAGGCAAGGAAGCUGCCCGUGACACCUGGCCUGCCCUUUCUCAGCUGCCUCCCCUGCCCUCAGAAGGAAAGGAGAGGGCUCACUUAUCACGUGUGCCAUAGUACCUGGUCUCAAAAUCCUACAAGCUUUCCUCGCCCUCACUGCCUUGCUCCACAAGGUCCGCUCUCCUGGGUCUUGUGCUGUGCCUUUCCUUGUCUGCCUCCUGCUGCUUCUGUGACUGCAGACCCCAGGCCCAGUGGCAAGCCCUCAGCUCAGCUGCUUCUCCAUUGGAAUAAACUCUUGUUUCUCUAUGUCGAUGUUCUUCUCUGGACUUCCUCCCUGCCUAUCAAGAGCUGAAUGAUAACUCUGCCCGUUGUCCCUUACAGAAAGGAAAUGUAAAUGUGGGCCCUUGCCCAGGCUGACCCAUCUGAGUAGGGUCAGUAUAAUUGAGAGGAAUUUGAAAGCAAUGGCUUUCAAACUCCUCUGACCACAGCUUACCACAGCAGGAA